AUGUCUGACAAAGUAAUAUCUCCAUUUUUGUCACUUCCUGUUGAACUUGUCUAUCGAGUUCUUGACCAUCUUAAACUAAUAACAAUUUUUGCAUCAUGCCGAAAUGUCUGUACUCGACUGGAUACUAUCAUUGAUACUUAUCAACGAUAUCAAACACUGACUAAACUAAAUUUUUCUCGUCAAACUUUUAAUGGUCAAAAAAUGCAACGGUUAUGUUAUACAUUACAAAAUAAUACUAUAAUAACAGAACUUGAUCUAUCCAGAAACAUAAUUGAUUGUCACAGCGCACAAUAUUUAGCUGCUGUCCUACAAACAAAUCAUACAGUCACCAUUCUCAAUCUUAGCCAAAACCACAUCGAGUCUCGAGGAGCGCAGUAUAUCGCUAAUAUGCUUCGCAUCAACCAAACACUCACAGAACUACAAUUAAGUGAGAACAAUAUUAACUCUAACGGUAUGCAAUAUCUCGCUGAAGCAUUACAAGACAACAAGUCACUUCUUCGACUGAGUCUAUUAUAUACUCCGAUUGGCGAGCGUGGUUUAGAAUAUCUCGCAAAUGCAUUAAAAAUUAAUAAAACACUAAGAGAAUUGGAACUAUCUCACAAUGGACUGGGCGGUGGUGGAGGACAACAUAUCGGGAAUAUAUUACGAUACAAUAAUACACUAACAGAAUUAAGUUCUAUGAAUAAUCCCAUUCAUCCCAAUGGAGUCAAAUAUAUAGCUGAUGGAUUAGCAGUGAAUAAUACAUUAGUAACACUUAAUUUGGGAUACAAUGACAUUGAUUGUCAAGGUGUAAUAUGUUUAGUCAAAGCAUUAGAGAAGAAUCAUACACUUACUACAUUAAUUAUCCCGGGUACUGGAAUUGAUGCUGAUGGCGCACAAUAUGUUGCUGAUGCUUUACAAAAUAAUAAUGGACUGAAGAUACUCAAUCUUGAAAAAUCUGGUCUGGAAACCGAUGGUGUACAAUAUCUAUGCAAUGCAUUACAAUAUAAUCAUACACUUACCACUCUCAAUAUUGGUGUUAAUAGAUUUGGUCCUGAUCCAAUGCAAAAUUUAGCUAAUGCAUUAAUAUAUAAUACAACACUCACCACCAUUUCUCUUGUUCUCAAUUGGAUUGGUCCCACGGGAGCACAAUAUUUAGCUAAAGCCAUAGAAACUAAUAGUACAUUAACGACACUAAUACUUACUCUGAACGGAAUCGGUGUUGAAGGAGCUAAGCAUAUAGCUAAUACAUUAGUGCAUAAUAAGAGUUUAACAACGUUAGAUAUUGCAUCGAACAAGAUCGAAACAGAAGGAACUCGAUAUAUAGCUAAUGCAUUAUUGAAUAACAAGACACUGAAGACAUUAUCAUUUGGAAACAACGAUAUUGGUUUAGAAGGAGCUAAAUGUUUAGUGAAUGCAUUACUUAGCAAUGAAACACUUGCAAUGUUGAAAUUUUCAGAAAAAGAUACUUCUGCAGAGGGUUCCCAAUAUUUAGAGGACAUGUCGCUCUAUUUAACCGCAAAUGUGACAUGGAGCAAAUAA